CAAAGGAAAGAGAAGAGGAAAGAUGGAAAAGAGAAAGGCCAGAAAAGGAAGAACUGAACAAAGUCAUAAAAGUUUUGAAGCCUGAAGAGAUGCAGUGUGAAGACUCGUCAGUGGAGACUGGUUUGCUAAACCAUCUAAGAAAAGUCUCACUACAGGAAUUAAGGAAAAAGCUGCAGCGAAUUCUGGAAUCUCGCUCUGAAGUUGUGCUGCGUGGUAAAGGUCUCACAGACAAAAGCUGUGCAGUUCUGGCCUCAGCUCUCAGCUCAGAGAACUCAAAACUAACAGAACUGGACCUGAGUGAGAAUGAACUGCAGGAUUCAGGAGUGGAGAAGCUCUGUGAGGGACUGAAGAGUCCAAACUGUAAACUGGAGAAACUGAGCCUGAUUUGUUGUAGUUUCACAAAGGAAAGCUGUGCAGAUCUGGCCUCAGUUCUCAGCUCAAAGGACUCAACACUGAGAGAACUGGACCUGAGUAAGAAUGCACUGAGGGAUUCGGGAGUGAAGGAGCUCUGUGUGGGACUGAAAAGUCCAGACUGUAAACUGGAAACACUCAGGAUCUGUGCUGCUGUGUUUUGUACGAGUUGUAGACGAUGUGUUACAUUCUUGGGAAAUCCAGUAAAAGAGCAUUGCAGUAAUCAGUUCUGCUCAUGACAAACACAUGGACAA